AUGGCAACACGCGGAGUGAGCUUGAAGCUUCUGAUCGACAGGAUAAAUCAAACGGUGGUCUUUGCUGAGGCAUGCACAGAUUUUGUCGAGUUCCUCUUACACCUCCUCACAUUGCCGGUCGGACAGGUGAUCCAGCUCCUCACGAACACCGGGAUGGUGGGCAGUUUAGGCAGUCUCUACGGCAGCAUCAAGAAGCUGAACGAUGUAUUCAUCGAAUCUUCUAUGAAAGACAUUCUCUUGAAACCCAAAGCACCCAACUUUUUCUCCGAACUCCCAUUUCUGUUGCCUGAGAUUCCUCCGUCUUCAGAUUCAACACCCAAAACCGACUACAGGUGCUCUCGCUCUAGGUACAAUAGCCAUCGGAACGGUAUUUGUUUUCUCCAUGUGGCGGAAGAACCUCCUGCAAAUUUUCCCUUGUCCAAGCUUCCCAUGAACGAAAUAUGCAUUCUUGUUGAAUCCCGGGCUCGUAACCUGGCCGCUGCUGUGGCAUCAGCAGCUAAAUCGGAUGGUAAGGGCAGUUUCGUGCAGGGGACGGUGAUGUACAUGGUGAUGGAUGAUCUGGCGGUAAGGCUGAUGUCGAUUAUUUCGAGCAUUACUUUGCUUAACCAGUUCAACGUAAAGGAGAUUGGGCAUCUUGAAGAGAAGGUGGUCAACUUGGGAAUGGACGAGGGUAUAAAGCUACUGAGGACUUCACUGCCCUCCAAGAAUGUUCUCACUGAUGUCUUCCUCGGUGUGAAGUGGAAGAGAUCGUGA